AUGGCUGUCCGACCAGAUGAUCCCAAAUUUGAAGAAACUCUGUUACGAUGGAAUGGAGAACUCGACAAUGAACCUGAUUCAGAUAAUGACGGCACUGACUAUGACGACCAUGUUUCAAUUCAGUCCGACAGGGAGAGCACCUACUCAACGGAUGAUAGUGAAGUAGAGAGUGAGACAGAGCAACAACUUCCUGGCAAAGUAAUAAAAGGAACAAAUGGACAUAUUUGGAGCACUGAGCUUCCAUGUCGUACUCGAACACCUAAGCGAAACAUUGUUUCAUGUAUUCCAGGACCAAAAGGUGCGGCCAAAAAUAUUUCAACGGAAUUAGAGGCAUGGAAGUUAUUUUUUAGCGCGAAUGUUAUAGAUACUAUAGUGGUGCAUACAAAUAUGGAAAUAGAACGACAAAGAGGAAAAUAUGUUGCUAAUUGUGGCUUUGUUAACGAGACAGACGUUGAAGAGAUCUUGGCUUUGAUAGGACUGCUUUAUAUGACAGGUUGUAGAAAAGACAAUCAUCUAACUACAGCAGAAAUGUAG